AUGUCCAAUAAACUAGUGCCCAACGUCUAUCGUCAAGUCAUCGACGAUGUGAUGAAGAAUAUACAACCCGAGUUCGAGGAAUAUGGUGUCAGCGAGGACAUCCUUGCUGAGCUCCAGCAUAAAUGGGAGAGCAAGGUUAUCGCUUCCCAUGUGGCCGAGUUCGAGCCUAGUCCCGCGCUGCCACCACAGGCGGCGGCGGCGGCACACCCAACUCAUCCCUCGUACCCGCCACACCCUAUGCACGCGCACAUGCACGGAUUGCCCACGCCGCAUUACCCACCGCACAAUCCAUACGGCCAGACACAUACUCAUGCCCACCAAGGGCCCCAGGUCAAGUCUGAGCCAGUCGAGAACAGGUAUAUGUUGAAUGGACAAGGCAUGACUGCGUAUGGCAUGCCACCAUUGCCCGGUCCUCAGAUCCCAGGGGCACGGCAACCCACCAACAUGACGUAUGCCAGUCAUCCUGCACCUCCUACGGCACGCUAUCCCCCGCCGGGGCCUGCACCUCAACACUCUGCACCUCAGGCUCGCAUUCCGCAGGUGGAUGGACCAUCCUCGUCGUCCUCGGACUCGCCCUCCCCACCUCCAAGUCAAGCUUACGCGCCGCGCUCCUCGCAUCCUUCAUUGCCUCAGCCGGUGCAGACUGCCCCGAGAACUGAGGAUGAUGAAGCCAUAAACAGUGAUUUAGAUGAUACGGAUACGGACAAUGAUGACGACGGUGAGGAAGGCGGUGCUGCCGACACUGAUAUUGUCUUCUGCACGUACGAUAAGGUCGCGCGCGUCAAGAACAAGUGGAAAUGUAUUCUCAAGGACGGCAUGAUUCACAUCAAUGGGAAAGAUUACCUCUUCGCGAAGUGUACUGGCGAGUUUGAGUGGUAA